UUCAACGAACAUACUUGACCUUCGAAAAAUCUGACAGCAGAUAAUUUACAGACAAUUAAGCAUAGAAUAAAUAAUAAAAUAAAAAAUGGUCUGUAUCCUUGUUUUGUUAUCAUUUUAUUCAGAAAUAAAAUAAUCAAUGAAAGAGGAAUAAUAAAAAGUAUUACGGACAGAUAAGUACACUUGGUGUUAAGUGCAGUAUGGUUUGAUUUACAAAAAAGAUUUAUUAAGAAAGUUUAUCCGUCCACGGAUCCUAAAUAAGAAAAACGUAAGAGACGAUUAGUGCUUAUAGGUUUACGUACAGUAUGUUCAGGAUUGGCAGUAUAAUAUUAUGGCUACAAGUGAAGCCAAUACAACAAAGUCCCGACAAGAAAAACAAUACGAUUACCUUCUAAAAUUUUUGCUCGUGGGUGAUAGUGACGUUGGAAAACAAGAAAUCUUAAGUGGACUCGAAGAUGGUGCUGCAGAAUCUCCGUUUUGUAGCGGCAGUGCAUACAAAACUACUACUAUCUUAUUGGAUGGAAAGAGAGUAAAAUUACAAUUAUGGGACACAUCAGGACAAGGUAGAUUUUGUACAAUUAUUAGAUCUUAUUCUCGUGGAGCACAAGGUGUAUUUUUAGUCUAUGAUAUUACCAAUAAAUGGUCUUUUGAUGGCAUUGAUAGAUGGUUAAAGGAAGUUGAAGAGCAUGCACCUGGAGUGCCAAAAGUACUUGUUGGGAAUCGUCUUCAUUUGGCUUUUAAAAGACAAGUAGGCGAACGUGAUGCUGAAGCAUAUGCAGCUAAGAAUCAUAUGGCAUUUUUCGAAGUUUCACCUCUGUGUGAUUUUAACAUUCGUGAAAGUUUUUCUGAACUCUCCCGAAUGGCUUUACAUCGUAAUGGUAUGGAAAGAUUGCUGAGAUCUAACAAAGUUCUUAGUCUUCAGGAACUUGCUUGUCGUGCAAUAGUAGCAAGAACAACAGUUUACGGUAUUGACCAGCUUCCAUUACCCAAGUCCAUUAAAUCUCAUUUAAAAUCUUAUGCAAUAACAACUAUAUCUCAGUUACGUUAUAAUGGAAACAGAUCAUUAAACCCUAGUAAAAGUCUAGGUUCUUAUCAUCGAAAACUGCGUUUUGUUGGUGUAGGUUAUAAUGGACUAUCAACUCCAAGUAGUUCACCUGGUAGCAUAACAGAUUCUCGUACCAGUUGCGUUGGUCGAAAUUCUUGCACAAUAUCUUGAGAAUAACUCUAUGGUUAUAGUUAUAAAUAUACAAUACAGUGUUAACACUUUU